CGCGCUCCGCGGCUCAUUCCGCGGCCGCCGCCAGCUGAGGGGAGCGUCGCGGGCCGAGGAGCAGAUGCCGCGGGGGCCGCUCACAGCCGCCACCGACUUGUGAAUGGGACUCGGACUGGGGCUGACACCACUGCGCUCACCCAGUGCCAAGGACCGCCGGCCGGGAGGUCGCGUUCGCCCGCAAGGGCCCCAGAAAUCACUGUGCUUUUGGCUUUGUGGACCUGUGAAGACAUUCAUUUCUCUUGUUAUCUGUUGAAUGACCAAUCAGAUGGGUGGAGUAUGUUAUAGGAAUUGGCAGCAAGUGUCCAAUGGGUGAAGAAGAAGCUGACUGGGGAAGUGGGCAGCCCUGACGUGAUGUCCUCAGCGAGUGAAGAUACUCCAUUCCAGAGGAGGUCUACUUGACACAUCUGGGAGGCCGCCGUCUGAAAGACUGCCACUCUGGUGGCGAAAGGAGUGAUAGCUGCAUUCUCCUGUGCCUACCACAUAACCAAAAAUGAAGGAGAACUACUGUUUACAAGCUGCCCUGGUGUGCCUGAGCAUGCUAUACCACAGCCAGGCGUUGGCCCUGGAGCGACGAAACCACCUGCGGCCCCCAUUCCAUGGACACCAUGAGAAGGGCAAAGAGGGCCAGGUGCUGCAGCGCUCCAAGAGAGGCUGGGUCUGGAACCAGUUCUUUGUGAUAGAAGAGUACACUGGGCCUGACCCUGUGCUUGUGGGCAGGCUUCAUUCAGAUAUUGACUCUGGUGAUGGGAACAUUAAAUACAUUCUCUCAGGUGAAGGAGCCGGAACCAUUUUUGUGAUUGAUGACAAAUCAGGGAACAUUCAUGCCACAAAGACACUGGACCGAGAAGAGAGAGCCCAGUACACACUGAUGGCUCAGGCAGUGGACAGGGACACCAACAGGCCACUGGAACCACCAUCAGAAUUUAUUGUCAAGGUCCAGGACAUUAAUGACAACCCUCCGGAGUUUCUGCAUGAAACCUAUCAUGCCAAUGUGCCUGAGAGGUCCAAUGUGGGAACAUCAGUAAUCCAAGUGACAGCCUCCGAUGCAGACGACCCCACUUAUGGAAAUAGUGCCAAGUUAGUGUACAGUAUUCUUGAAGGACAACCUUACUUCUCAGUGGAGGCCCAAACAGGUAUCAUCAGAACAGCCCUUCCCAAUAUGGACAGAGAAGCCAAGGAGGAGUACCAUGUGGUGAUCCAGGCCAAGGACAUGGGUGGACACAUGGGCGGGCUCUCAGGGACAACCAAAGUGACGAUCACUCUGACUGAUGUCAAUGACAAUCCACCAAAGUUUCCACAGAGCGUGUACCAGAUGUCUAUUUCAGAAGCAGCUGUCCCGGGGGAGGAAGUAGGAAGAGUGAAGGCUAAAGAUCCAGACAUUGGAGAAAAUGGCUUAGUCACGUACAAUAUUGUUGAUGGAGACGGCGCCGAACUGUUUGAAAUCACAACGGACUAUGAGACACAGGAAGGUGUGGUGAAGCUGAAAAAGCCUGUAGAUUUUGAAACCAAAAGAGCAUAUAGCUUGAAGGUAGAGGCCGCCAAUGUACAUAUUGAUCCGAAGUUCAUCAGCAAUGGACCUUUCAAGGACACUGUGACGGUCAAGAUUGCAGUAGAAGAUGCUGAUGAGCCUCCCAUGUUCUUGGCCCCAAGUUAUAUCCAUGAAGUCCAAGAAAAUGCAGCUGCUGGCACUGUGGUUGGGAGAGUACAUGCCAAAGACCCGGAUGCUGCCAACAGUCCAAUAAGGUAUUCAAUUGAUCGUCAUACUGACCUCGACAGGUUUUUCACAAUUAAUCCAGAGGAUGGUUUUAUUAAAACCACAAAACCUCUAGAUAGAGAGGAAACUGCCUGGCUCAACAUCUCUGUCUUUGCAGCAGAAAUUCACAACAGACAUCAGGAAGCCAAAGUCCCAGUGGCCAUCCGGAUCCUAGAUGUCAAUGACAAUGCUCCUAAAUUUGCUGACCAUUAUGAAGGCUUUAUCUGUGAGAGUGAUCAAACCAAGCCACUCUCCAACCAACCAAUAGUUACAGUUAGUGCGGAUGACCAGGACGACACAGCCAAUGGACCAAGAUUCAUCUUCAGCCUACCCCCUGAGAUCAUUCACAACCCAAAUUUCACAGUCAGAGACAACAGAGAUAACACUGCAGGGGUAUAUGCCCGACGUGGAGGGUUCAGUCGACAGAAGCAGGACUUCUACCUCCUGCCCAUCGUGAUCAGUGAUGGUGGCAUCCCACCCAUGAGUAGCACCAAUACCCUCACCAUCAAGGUGUGUGGGUGUGACGUGAAUGGGGCACUGCUGUCCUGUAAUGCUGAGGCCUACAUCCUGAAUGCCGGCCUGAGCACUGGUGCCCUCAUCGCCAUCCUUGCCUGCAUUGUCAUUCUUCUGGUCAUUGUUGUAUUAUUUGUGACUCUGAGAAGGCAAAAGAAAGAACCACUCAUUGUGUUUGAGGAAGAGGAUGUCCGUGAGAACAUCAUAACGUAUGACGAUGAAGGGGGUGGUGAGGAAGACACGGAAGCCUUCGACAUUGCCACCUUGCAGAAUCCUGAUGGUAUCAAUGGAUUUAUUCCUCGCAAAGACAUCAAACCUGAGUAUCAGUAUAUGCCUAGACCUGGGCUGCGACCGGCACCCAACAGCGUGGAUGUAGAUGACUUCAUCAACACAAGAAUACAGGAGGCAGAUAAUGACCCCACAGCCCCUCCCUAUGACUCCAUCCAAAUCUAUGGUUAUGAGGGCAGGGGUUCUGUGGCUGGAUCCCUGAGCUCCUUAGAGUCUGCCACUACAGAUUCAGACCUGGACUACGACUAUCUACAGAACUGGGGACCUCGCUUUAAGAAACUAGCAGACUUGUAUGGCUCCAAAGACACUUUUGAUGACGACUCUUAACAAUAAUGAUACAAAUUUGGCCUUAAGAACUGUGUCUGGCAUUCUCAAGAAUCUAGAAGAUGUGUAAACAGGUAUUUUUUUAAAACAAGGAAAGGCUCAUUUAAAGCAAGCAGAGUUUUACAGAGAGGAAACAUUUAAUAAAACUGCAAGGACAUCAAAGUGGUAAAUACUGUGAAGUACCUUUUCCCACUAAAAAAGCAAAUAUUGAAGUUGUUUCUCAGCUUCAUUAGAGAAAAACCACUUGGCACACACAAUAUUUAAAUGAAGGAAAAGUCUACGGUGAACUUACAACGAAGGGAAAUCGUCUAUGUGUUCUGAACAUCUAAGUCUCUCUUAUUUUAUUUUUUAAUUUGUCAAAGAAGCUUCCACAAAAUUAGAAAGGACAACAGUUCUGAGCUGUAAUUUCGCCUUAAACUACGGACACUCUAUCUGUAGUGCAUUUUAAACUUGAAAUAUAUAAUAUCCAGCCAGCUUAAACCCAUACAAUGUAUGUACAAUACAAUGUACAAUUAUGUCUCUUGAGCAUCAAUCUUGUUACUGCUGAUUCUUGUAAAUCUUUUUGCUUCUACUUUCAUCCUAAACUAAUACGUGCCAGAUAUAACUGUCUUGUUUCAGUGAGGAGCACCCUAUUUCUAUGUCAUUUUUAAUGUAUCUAUUUGUACAAUUUUAAAGUUCUUAUUUUAGUAUACAUACAAAUAUCAGUAUUCUGACAUGUACGGAAAUGUUACAGCAUCACACUUAUAUUUUAUGAACAUUGUACUGUUGCUUUAAUAUGAGCUUCAAUAUAAGAAGCAACCUUUGAAAUAAAAAAAAGAUUCUUUUUUAA